AUGGCGGAGCCAGCAUUUCGCGGUACACUGCUGCUGUUGCAGAACCGUACUCGCCGCGACCCGGAGUCGUACCGUGACGAGUUCCUCGCUCAGCUGGACCACUUCAGGGCCUCCAGCGCCACCGUGCUCUCCCAGCGCAGUCUCAAUCCUCAGUUCAUCGCGGUGCUCAACUACGUCUGCCACGUUGGCCACUGCUUCCCAAAGGAUGCUGCCGUGAUCGUGAACAUCGUGUUGGAGCUGCUGCGUGCAUCCAAAGGGAAUGGCUUGCCAAUGGACUUGCGCCUGGCGCUCGUGAAGUCGCUGAUUCUCCUGCGCGCCAAAGAUCUUGUCUCGACGGACCAUACCUUCCCUCUGUUCUUUGAGCUGCUGCAGGAGCGUGACAAGACGUUGCGCAAGCUGAUCUUGACGCACGUCGUGAGCGACAUCCGCAAGGCGAACAUGCCGGGCGCGAAGAACGGUGCGCAGAUCAAUAAGAGAGCGCAGAACUUUCUCUUCUCUAUCAUGGCAGAGGACGACCCGGUUCAGGCACGCUGUGCCGAGAUGGUCAUGAUCGACCUCUACCGCCGGCGUGUCUGGAGCGACGAGCGCACAGUGGAGGUGCUCACCAAGGCGUGCUUCUCCAAGCACACACCGAUCUUGCGAACGGCGCUCCGCUUCUUCUUGCUUCAAAUGCCGAGGAUCACCUCUGUGGACGACGAGGACGGCGAGGACGGCGAGGAGCAGGACCCUGGCCGCACCAUCUCGAAGCUGCAGCAGAAGAUGAAGAUCGUAAAGAAGACAUCGAAGCGCGAGCGAGUGCUGAAGCGCAGCGUCCGUGGAGCGAAGCGCAAGUACGACCGGCAAGAGAAGGAGGAGGCGCUCUUCGCGAAGCAGCACGUCGACCCCGUCCGCCUACUGCGCGACCCGCAGCAGCUCGUCGAGCGUCUCCUCGCGAAGCUGCAGAGGACGUCGGAGCGCUUUGAAGUUCGCCUCCUGUACUUGAACGUGAUUGCGCGCACCGUCUCCGAGCACGAGGUGCUGCACCUUCCGCUCUACGGCUUUCUGGAGCGCUACAUGGAACCCUCCCAGCUGCAUGCCACGCAGCUGCUGGCCCUCUCCGCCACGUGCGUGCACGCGAUGGUGCCGCCGGAUGCAAUCGAGCCGCUGCUGCGCACAAUCGCCAACCACUUCGUUUCGGACCGCUCGUCAGCGGACGCGAUCACUGUCGGCAUCAACACGAUUCGGGAGAUUUGCAAGCGUCAGCCCCUCGCCAUGAAUGCCGACUUGCUGAAAGACCUCGCCGAGUACAAGAACCGGCGUGGCGACAAAGGUGUCAUGAUGGCGGCGCGUGCGCUCAUCCAGCUGUACCGUGACGUGUAUCCGGAGUUGCUGCCGGCGAAGCUGCGCGGCAGCAAGGCGGGUGUCGCGGACACAGCAACAAGGCCCGUCUACGGUUCCAAGCACGUGUACACGGACAUCCCUGGACUCGAGCUUCUGUAUCAUGACAUUGAGAACAACGCCGGCGACGACGAGAGUGGCAGCGAGAGCUCCUCGUCGGAGGUCGACUCAUCCAGCGGCGAGUGGGUGACCGACUCCGACAGCGAGGCUGACGCUGAUGACGUCGACGGUGAGUUCGUGGACGUCGCCGACUCUAGCGCGGAAGAGGAAGACGAAAGUGAGGAUGGGUGUCCUCAGCUGGUACCGGUGCACGAGCACGCCCACUCUGCUACCGACCGGACCGACGCAGACGGCGAGGGACCACACAAGCGCGCGCGUCUGGAAGAGGCUGCGCCAGUCUCGGUAGCGUCGCAGAACAGUGCUGCGCUCAGCGAGAGUUCCGCAGACAACGAGGAUGAAGGGAUGGACUCUGAUGGUGACGAGGACGGUGAGGAGGUGGUCAGCAACGAUGAGGAAGCGGAGGAUGAGAGCGAGUUUGGCUGGGAGGAAGUGUCGGACGAUGAGGAAAGCGAAUGCGAUGAGGAGAGCACAGCGGAGGAAAAUGAGGAGGCGCCCCUCUCUCUCUCCGCCGCCUUGGCCAACGCGAACUCCGGUGCUGACUGGUUUGAGGACCUCACUGACGGCAUGAGCAGCAAAAACGCCUCCUCGUCACCCCGAGCGGGGUCUGUCUCAAGCUCCAAGGCGUCUUCGACCACUUCCAUUUCUUCGUCACGCCUGCUGACGGAUAGCGACUUCCAGAAGAUAAAUCAGCUGCGCACGCAGCACGGCAGCCACCAGUCUCUGCGAGGCAAGCGCAAGGAGCGCGAUGUACGGUCCAAGAAGCGCCACGACCUCAUCCACGGCAUCAGCAACGACCUCGACGCACACGACAUCGAGCACUUCACCGAGAAGAAGCGCGAGACAGACAAGCAGGCAAAGAUCGAGCAGGCGCAGGAGCUGCGCAAAGCUUCCUCGAAGUUUGAGCUGCGGCGGAAGAAGAAGAGCAAGCUCAACUCCACGCACGGGGAGCACUCGAAGCGCGGCAAACUCUUCCAAAUGACGAAGCGUUCGCAGCGUGUGGCGGCGAAGCUGAAGAGCUCUGUGGCCGACCGCGCUACCCGCGCGAAGGAAAUGCAGAAGAAGGACAUCAAGUUCCGCAUCAAGCGCGGCUGGAAGGCGUAG